CGCCAGUCACUAGUGUCAAAGCUAGCUAGCAAGCGAGCGUGGUCGCUACAUACCUUGAUUUGACCAUUAAUAUCAGUCUAAAUUGACUUUUUAAACGACGCGGUUUUUAGUUUAAACGUAUGCAAAUUUUACACUAAUAGUGUGGCUGGAUGCGACCGCUGUAUUAACUGGGGAAUUCUCCUUUCGAAAACACGAGUCGCGGCGAAAGACAACUACCGGCCCCCUCACUCAGGAUGUCGUGCCACAAUCAGCAAAUGAGCAAUGUGAACACCAGCCAGGAGCACCCUAUGAAGCAAGUGCGCUUUGCAAACAGCAGCAGCAGCAGCAAUGUGGCCGCUGUGUUGUCCACUUCUGAGGCGGGUGAUGCCAGCAGGAGACAGUCUGUAAACCAAGCCUCACUGGGACCCCAACUCAAACUGCUUCCUCUCAAUGACCAGAUCAGAGAAUUACAGACUAUUAUUAGAGACAAGACAACCAGCAGAGGGGAUUUUGUGUUUUGUGCUGACCGACUGAUUAGACUUGUAGUCGAAGAAGGCUUGAAUCAACUGCCUUACUCCGAGUGCACUGUGACCACACCAACAGGAUAUAAAUAUGAAGGAGUGAAGUUUGAGAGAGGCAACUGCGGCGUCAGCAUUAUGAGGAGUGGUGAGGCCAUGGAGCAGGGUCUGCGGGACUGCUGCCGCUCCAUUCGCAUUGGCAAAAUCCUCAUCCAAAGCGACGAGGAGACCCAGAAAGCCAAGGUUUACUAUGCCAAGUUCCCUCCAGAUAUUUACAGAAGAAAAGUGCUGCUCAUGUACCCCAUCCUCAGUACUGGGAACACUGUUAUUGAAGCAGUGAAGGUGCUAAUCGAGCAUGGAGUCCAGCCCAAACAUAUUAUCCUCCUCAGCCUCUUCUCCACACCUCACGGGGCCAAGUCUAUAAUCCAGGAGUUCCCAGACAUCACCAUAUUGGCAACAGAAGUUCACCCAGUGGCACCAACACAUUUUGGACAAAGGUAUUUUGGCACUGAUUAAAACCAGGACAAGCUGAGCAACAUGAGCUUGUAAUUGCUUUAAGUACAGUAUGUGUUUUUGUCAGCUUUAUUUAAAAAUGUUCAUGUUCUCCUUGUUGUGCCAAAUACUCUUUCCCGCCCCCCCCCCCAAAAAAAACACCGGUAUUUAUUCUAUUGAUCUCUUUUUGCUGAAUACAAACAAUGCUGAGCCAUAUCAAGAUAAUUUUAUUUUGCAUGUUAUGAGCAUUGAUUCAAUAAAGGAUUUAUAUUUGUUAUCAGAAAGACCACCCAAAUGGAAAAUACCUAUAUUUACUGACAAAGAAACCCAUUUACAUACAGUAUGCCAAAGACCUGUUUCAACUGGACCACAAACUUUUGCAAAUACUGCCUCAUGUUUGAAAUUGUUUUUUUUGUUUUGUUUUUUUAUUGUUAGACAUCCAGGUUUUUGAUACAAUAUGUGUCACUGAUGUAUACAGUCAUGGAAAAAAAAAACACUGUGUUUCUUCAGUUUCUUUUUCAUUUUUAAUGCAUUUUUAAUGCCUGGUACAACGAAAGGUACAUUUGUUUGGACAAAUAUAUUGACAAUACAAAUAGAUCAUAUGAGUUUAAUUUAAGACCUGAUAUCUAGCCAUUUUCUAUUAUUUUCUUGAUGGUAACCAAAAUUACGGGGAAUAUAAUUAAGCUUAAGCAUGUCAAAUAGAACAAAGUAUUAUGGAAUCAGCUGCAUUUUUUGUCAAGUUCAUUGUAUUAUAUAAUAUGCCUUUAGUGGUACCAGGCAAUAAAAUGAACAAGAAAUUGAAGAAACAAGAGUGGUCUUAAAAUUAUAUAUAUAUAUAUAUAUAUAUAUAUAUAUAUAUAUAUACACACACAUAUA